AUGUCGGCUGCGGGACGGCCCGAGCCCUUGCGUCCUCCCGACGGCUUUGCGAAGCGGGUCCUGGUGACCGGGGGUGCUGGUUUCAUUGCAUCACAUGUGAUUGUCUCCUUAGUAGAAGAUUAUCCAAACUAUAUGAUCAUAAAUCUAGACAAGCUGGAUUACUGUGCAAGCCUGAAGAAUCUUGAAACCAUUUCUAAUAAACAAAAUUACAAAUUUAUACAGGGUGACAUAUGUGAUUCUCACUUCGUGAAACUACUUUUUGAAACAGAGAAAAUAGACAUAGUACUACAUUUUGCUGCACAAACACAUGUAGAUCUUUCAUUUGUCCGUGCCUUUGAGUUUACGUAUGUUAAUGUUUAUGGCACUCACGUUUUGCUAAGUGCUGCUCAUGAAGCCAGAGUGGAGAAAUUUAUUUAUGUCAGCACAGAUGAGGUCUAUGGAGGCAGUCUUGAUAAGGAAUUUGAUGAAUCUUCUCCCAAACAACCUACAAAUCCCUAUGCAUCAUCUAAAGCAACUGCUGAGUGUUUUGUACAGUCUUACUGGGAACGAUACAGGUUUCCAGUUGUCAUCACACGAAGCAGUAAUGUUUAUGGACCACAUCAAUAUCCAGAAAAGGUUAUUCCAAAAUUUAUAUCUUUACUUCAACACAACAGGAAAUGCUGCAUUCAUGGAUCAGGGCUUCAAACAAGAAACUUCCUUUAUGCUACUGAUGUAGUAGAAGCAUUUCUCACUGUCCUCAAAAAGGGAAAACCAGGUGAAAUUUAUAACAUUGGAACCAAUUUUGAAAUGUCAGUUCUCCAGCUUGCCAAAGAACUAAUACAACUGAUCAAAGAGACCAAUUCAGAGUCUGAAAUGGAAACCUGGGUUGAGUAUGUUAAUGAUAGACCUACCAAUGACAUGAGAUAUCCAAUGAAAUCAGAAAAAAUACAUGGCUUAGGAUGGAGACCUAAAGUGCCUUGGAAAGAAGGAAUAAAGAAAACAAUUGAGUGGUACGGAGAGAAUUUUCACAACUGGAAGAAUGCAGAAAAGGCAUUAGAACCCUUUCCAGUACAACCACCGUUUGUAUAG